GUGGCAUACUGCAGGGGUGAUCUGGAUCAUUUGGAGGACGAGGCGUGGACUCCAUGUGUAAAUAAUGUUAAUGGAUUCAUCUCCGCAUUCCUUUUCUCCAUUGAAACGGAGACGACCAUUGGCUACGGUCACCGUGUCAUCACUGACCAGUGUCCAGUGGGCACCAUGUUACUCCUGCUUCAGGCCAUACUGGGAUCUAUGGUCAAUGCAUUCAUGGUUGGUUGUAUGUUUGUGAAGAUCUCCCAGCCGAAUAAGCGUGCUGAGACCUUGGUGUUUUCUCGUAAUGCUGUCAUCUCAUUGAGGGAUGACAAGCUCUGUUUGAUGUUCCGCGUCGGGGACUUGAGAUCCUCCCACAUUGUGGGCGCCAACAUGAGAGCCAAACUUAUCAAAUCCAAACAGACACAGGAGGGUGAGUUUAUUCCGCUGGAUCAGACGGAUAUCAGUGUUGGUUUUGAGACGGGGGACGAUCGUCUUUUCCUAGUGUCUCCGUUGGUGAUCUCUCACGAGAUCGAUGUCCGCUCUCCGUUCUGGGACAUGUCACAUUCUCAGCUGGAGAAAGAGGACUUUGAGAUUGUUGUCAUCUUGGAGGGGAUGGUGGAAGCUACAGGUAUGACCUGUCAGGCGCGGAGCUCUUACCUGGCUGAAGAACUGUUGUGGGGUCACAGGUUUAGUCCCAUGAUGUCGCUGGCCGAGGGAUUCUUUGACGUGGAUUAUGGGUCUUUUCACCACACAUUUGAGGUGAACACGCCCUCCUGUUCUGCGAGAGACCUGGCAUUGGCUGCCGCCCGUUUGGAUGCUCACCUCUAUUGGUCAAUCUCCAGUCGGCUUGAUGAAGAGAAAUGGGAGGGGCCUAAUAUGACUGAGCAAACGGGGAAGUCCACUGAUUCAGAAUCUGUCAGGGAGGGAGACGGGCCAACAUUUACUGUGGGCGGAGUUACAAAUACCCAGGACCAAUCGGUUGUAGGAGAGCAGAACGGCAGUGUGACCACUGACCAAUCAGAGUCUGAGGCUUAAAAGGAUGCAAGAAUGUAAAAAGGUACGGAAAAUGUUCGAAGGAGUCCACAGUUGAUGUAAAUUUAACUUUAGACUGGAUUGUUCAAUGAUCCAAGCCGCCUUCUUUGAGUUAGAUUUUUAAAUGUAUAGUCGCUAAUGCCUAGCAUAGAAUACUUUCCCCAAGGGGGAAAUCCUAGUGUCUCCUUGCUGUGUUUUCAGUCAGAUUAAAUCCUAACUUGUGAUGUUUCACGACAACACUGCCUUUGAAUUCACACAGUAGCUCUAAUUCAAACUCUAGUGGGUUGCCUCUCUGUCUGCCCCGUCUACUUAAAGGGUUAGUUCACCCAAAAAUGAAAAU